UGUUUGAAUGUCUAAACAAACAAAUUAAAUUUUAUAAUAACAAACAAAGAGAAACAGUAAUUAGAAAAAAAUAUUUAAUUCAAUAGUUACUUACGUAUGAAAAUAUUAAAGCAUGUGUUGUGUUUGUGAAUGUUUUACCGAGUCUUUAUUUUAUUAAAUAACAAUGUUUUUCCGCUUCAAAAGUAUUAUAAUAGUCCACAUAUUAUUUAUCAUUUGUGAGGCUAAAUAUGGAUUCAUUACAUGGUGCGAUAAAGCUGUUAUAUCCGUGACUGAUAAUGUCUACGAUAUACCGGCUGUACAUGUCGCCAGGGCUACGUAUUCGAAUGAAAUAAAUUCAACGGGCUGGGCAUUCCUGGAACUGCACACAACAGCAGACUCCAGUGAUGAGAAACAGGCAUUUGCAGCUGGCUUUCUUGAGGGGUACCUCACAAGGGACCUCAUUUGGAUGCACUGGCAAAAUAUGCUCAAAGGCUAUUGCUACAACAAAACAGAUGUGUGUGGCUUAAUAGAAGAUUAUGUGGACAAAAAUGAAGAAUACCUUGCUGAUAUGAUCAAUAGUUAUCCAGAUGACCCAUACUGGUAUCAGGUGAAGUUAUACAAAAUUCAGCUGGAAGGUUUGGCUGCGGGCUACAACCAGGCCACUUCACAGCCUUACGAGUGGCUCACGGCUCGGGACAUUUUGUGGAUAAACAUGCUAGGCGACCUCGACGAUCUGGCGUUCGCGCUCACAAUGCCGACCCUGACCCCCGAGGGUCUGCUCUUCGGAGAACACUGCAGUGGUCUGGUCAAACUGCUGCCGGACCUGUCUGAUCUCUUCACCUCACAUGUCACGUGGAAUAGCUACCAAUCAAUGUUACGUAUACAAAAGAUGUACGUACUGAACUAUCGCACUUCGCCGAACGACCCCCGCCCCCUCCCCGGGAGGAAGAUGUCGCUCACAUCGUAUCCAGCUUUUAUACAGUCCACAGACGACUGGUACAUCACCAGCGCUGGUCUGGUCGCCGCUGAGACCACCAUCGGCAACAGCAAUAGGACGCUGUUCAGCCUCGUACAACCUACUGGACAGGUAAUGGAAUUUGUACGUGCAAUGAUCGCAACUCGCUUGGCGAAGAGCGGCAGAGAAUGGGUCGAAAUAUUCCGACAACACAACAGCGGCACUUAUAACAACCAAUGGUACAUAGUAGAUUACAAGAAGUUCAAAAGUAAAACAGCCGUUUCGGCGGGAAAAAUCGAAGACGGCCUCUUGUGGGUGAUCGAACAAUUACCUGGCAAUACUGAAGCGGCGGAUCUCACAGAGGAGCUAAAACGAACAACCUACUUCCCAUCGUACAACAUUGCUUAUUUCCUGCGCAUUUUCAACCUCAGCGGCGGGAACGAGCGGGUUGCCACUUUCGGCGACUGGUUCGGAUAUAAAACUAACCCGAGAGCUAGAAUGUUCCAGAAGAAACAGUCGUCAAUAACAUCGCUACACGACACGCUCACAGUGAUGCGCUACAACGACUACAAGCACGACCCGCUCGCGCGCUGCUCGUGCGCGCCGCCGUACAGCGCGUGCAACGCGAUCGCCGCCCGCAACGACCUCAACCCCGCUAACGGUACAUAUCCGUUCCGUGCGCUCGGGCACCGAAGCCACGGCGCGACGGACGCGAAGGUGACGAGCUCGGAACUGGCCGGGAAGUUCCAGUUCAUCAGUGUUUCCAGCCCCACGUACAACAUAUCGAGGGGGAUACCACCGUUUCAAUGGAGUGAAUUUGACAUGGGUUCCCAGAUAUCGCAUGAAGGCCAUCCAGAUCUGUGGAUGUUUCCACCACUCAUUCAUGAAUGGCAGUGGGGAUAAUUAUGACUGCUAAAAUUCGCCUGUGGUUUUUUUUGGGGUUUACUUUUAACCCUUUAAUUAUAUUUUUAAAGAAGUGAA